AUGAGUGAGGAUAGGAGCUCUUCAAAUAAUCACAAUAUUGGAGCAUCGAAUACAAGGGAUUCAGUCUCUGUGUCAUAGACUUUAGCUUUAAGGAAGAAAGACUCAAUUAUGGAUCAAUAGUAGCACUAAGGAGAUAUUGAUAUCGACUGGUUCAAUUUCGAAACCAAAAUUAGAAAUGUCAUAUUUGAAGUGAUUGAACCGAUUACAAAGAAACAAUUUGCAACUUACGAUACAAUAGAUGAAAUCAAAAAGUUGCAUGUCAUCAUAGCAAACAAAUAUGAUGAUACCCAUCUUAAGUUAGAUAAACUUACAAAGAGAAAUGAUGUUCUCGAUAAACUUGAUAAGCUCACAAGGGAUUUGGUAAACUAUUAUUUCUUUUAUUUUAAAUAGGACUGUGAGUUAUAAAAUGUCAAGGCAUUGCAAAAAAAUGAUAUUUAGUAAAUUCUAGAAAAACUUGAAACGAUAAAUACCAGGUGGAAAGUUACUCAAAAUGAUGUCAAUGAUUUUCACAGAUAUGAUGAGAAAAUUAAAAAUGUACAAAAAGCAAUGCAAGAUGUGACAGAUCAGUAUAAAUAAAGUGUAACAUAGAGAUUUAAGGAUAUGUCACAAGAAUUCAUGAGAAGUAUACAUCAAAUGGACCAAAGCCAUAGAGAUCUUAAAAGUGAUAUGUAAGAAGUAAUGAUAAAAGUUCAGAGUGUAAAGGAAUUCACUCAGGGAAAUGACCUUAAGUUUAAGCAUCUAAAUACUAUGAUUGAAGAGUUGAGAGAGACAAUUGAAAAUAGCAGAUUUCCAUUUACUUAUGGAGGCAAAUAAAGCUUGUCAGAAAACGCAUUUCAUGGUGAUGGAGGUGUUAGUUUCAGGUAGCAAGUAAAUAAGAUGCAAGAAGAAUUAAGUGAAAUUAGAAAGUCGAAUCUUUAAAUAGAUAAUAUACUUAGACCUUCUUAGGAAUUCGAUCCAAAAGAGGUAGAAAAGAUAAUAUUGAAAAACUAGAUUCAGAUGUUUGAGUAGAUAUUUGGACAAAAUCAAAAUUUGAAGAAACUUAGUGAUUAUCAGAAUACCAACAUUUAAAACUAUUUAGAUUGGAGAUCUUAGUACGAACAUAUCUUUCAAAACGAUACAAUAAAGGAAGAGGAUGAAAAGCCUCUCUUUGAUGACAUUCAUUGGCCCAAAUAUGAAAGUAUUAAAGAUAAGGAAGAUUAGUUAAGUCAAGCUAAGAGUCUCAAAAAAGUUCCUUUUUGGAAAAUAUACGCUCUAAAUUAGCAUUAAAAUAACAGUGACCUUCAUAGGAAUUUUAAAAAUCAAAAAGUAAGUUAAGGUGGGAGUAGUAACGGCCAUGUCAGCUUAGCCAAAGAAUUUAGCGAGAUGGGGAUGUUUAACGUUGACAGGAGAUCUACCAAGUAUAAGCAGUAAGAUGCUUUAGCUGUCAGAGAGUACCUGAAAGAAUAAAGAGAUGUCAUGUCUGAGAAGAAAGUCAACAAAUAAAUUGCAUUAGAAAUUAAUUAAAACAGUUUGAAUCUAGGAAGUAUUGAGGAGCAAUAAAUUAAUAAUGAUAGUAAUAAGAUAGAAUUAUUUGGGCAUAGCUAAAUUAUUACAGCAAGAAUUAGUAAUUAGGAUAAAAGUAUUGAUACUUAUUAAAAAUAAGAGUUGAUUUUAAAGAGAUAAGGUGAUGAAAUAAGCUAAAAGUAAGAGCUUAAUGUGGCUGAUUUUGAAGAAGGCUAAGACAAUAUAUAAGAGGAGUAGGAGGACAAUGAAGUAAAAAGUUAGGUAAACAUUGAUGAAAGUUUUGACGAGGGAGAAUUUCAACUAAUAAUGAAGAAGAUUUUACUUCACCCUCAAUUUGUUUCAUAAGAUGAAUUCAAUGAGAAAAUUUUCAAACUUCAAGAAAUUUUUCAAGACUAAGAGUUGAAGUAUGAAAAUAAGCUUAUUGAUCUUCAGUAGUUUAUAGAGUCAAAAUACAAUCAUAAUAAGAUCAAUGAAACAAUAUAAUCAUUUAGAGAGUAGUUGGAAGUGAUGGGCAGGGAUUUGAAAUUUAUCAGAAAUAAUGAGCAUAAUCAUGAGCUUGUUACUAGAAUCAGCAAAACAGAAAGUAAUAUGAACUAUUUUAAGAAUGACUUGUAGUAGCAAAUCUAUAAGUUAAAGGAAUUUGAUGAGCAAUUAUAUUUGAAGUAAAUAGAAACUGGGGAACAAUUUGACCUGGAGAUUAUUAAGAUAAAGAGAGAAAGAAGUGAUUUACACUUGGCUCAAGAUAAGAAUUAGAAAGAUUUCCAAAAUCUAAGGUAAGAAGACUCAAAAUUGCAAGAAUAAAUCAUGAAUUUAGCCUGUCUAAUGACCAAUUUAAUUGAAGUAAAUAUUGUUGAGACUACAAUUGGCUCAUAAUUUGAUCCUUAUAUUAUGCCUUAAGGAGGUGUUUUCAAGAUGCCUACGAUAAACAUGAAUGGUCAGCUUUUUGCUUUGAAUCAUCUAUGGAAUGCUAUAAAAGUCAUGAUAGAGUCUAGUUGGAAUUAAAUGAUUUCUAAGCAACCCUUUAACUAGAUUUAAUCUAAGAGCAAUCUCAUGGAAUUCAAUAUUAACUUAGUAUCAAGGUUGAGUGAGCUAUGCGCCGAGUAUUAAAGAUCAGAAGAACUUAAACUUAAGCAAUAAGAGAUAUUGGCAAGAGGACUGCCCAAAGAGAUUUUGAGAAUCAAAGAGACCUAUGAUGGUAAAUAGAUAAAAUCUACAAGGAAAGUAGAAAUAGGAGAAUCUUCUAGAGAUGUACUAAAUCUUACAGCUGAUAAUAAUGAUCUAGCUGAUUAUGGGGUUAUUGAUCUGCCUAUUAAUGUAAAAAGAGGAAACCAUAACAAGAUAUAAAAUUAAUCACUCUUGAAAAAAUACAACAAUAACAAAUCCCAGUCCCCAAAAAAUCUCUCAAGAGCCAAAAUUUUAGAAUCAAAAGAAAAGCUUAUACUCAUGCCAGAGAUAAAUCCCAAUAGAAAAUCAAGAAAUAUGCUAUAUGCCUCUGCAAAUGAGCAACUGAAUCAAUCAAUAAGUCCUAUUGAAAUGAAAAAUAAGCUUUCAAUAGAGUAAAUAGGGCAAAGAGAUUUGUCCAAUAUUAGAUCCACUCAUAUUCAGUAACCUUCAAGACAAUAUAAUAGUACUUUAAUGAAUUUCAACAAUAACUUGAAUCUCGGCAAUCUAGAGUUGCCUAAGCAAAAGAUACCAAUUAAGGCUUCAAAGAUAUUAGAAAAAGCCACUAAUGCUUAUAGCUCUAUUCACUCUUAUACAAAUCAGCACCAAUAAUCAUUACCAAAGAGUGUGUCAAAGAUGAAUAGGUAGUUUGAAAGAAACCUAUCAAAAGAAGAGGAUAGUCUCAUGCUUAUCCCUAUAAAUCAAUUCAACCCAACUUCAAAUCUUUUGCAUCAAAACUAAUUGCAGAUUCAUGAUAGAAAUGAGAGAAAUAUAUAAUAAAAGACGAAUCAAAUUUCUUCAAUGAGAAAGUUUAAUAGAGGGGUACAAUGA